CUGGCACCCUUCACCUCCAGCUGGGAGGAAAUGAGCCACCUUCCAGGAUCGGUGUGUGGCCAGAGGCCAGAUCCUGCCCGAGGAGGGAGGGAGGGGUAGGACCUGCACAGCGGCGCGGCUCUGGAGCGUCUCCAAGAGGAGCAGCAGGUUUGCAGAGACGCCACCCAGCUGGGGAAUGCACCUGCCCGGGCAGGAGGUGAGCGCCGCAGCCGGAGCUCGGUGCUGCCGCCGCACCAGGAAGGGGAGCGGGCAGGGGCACCGCACCUGUAUCUUGGCAGGAGGAACGGAAGAGAUUUUUCCCGUGGACUCCUUCGUUAGUUGGAUCCAGUAGAAGGAAAACCAGGAAAAACCACUGGUGUCAGCCGGCAGCAGGGAAGYGUGCUGUGUUGUCGCAUGUGGGCAGUGUCUGCCGCAGUAAAUCUUGUUGGACUCUUCCAGUCUCCAUGAUGCUCACCAAAUCCACAUAAAAGCUUCAUGAAACCCUUCCAAGGCUGCAARUACGAAGAAGUACUGCAGGAGCUUGUCUCAUUCCCCUCCUAAACCCUGUGGCUGCCAGCCAGCAGUGGGGAAGGACASCAUGUCAUUUUUUUCCUGAAAUGUGCCCUUUGGACUUAAAGCAUUGUGUGGCUGGGCUGGUCCUCUCCUCCUUUUUCUCCUGCACACAGAGAUUGGAGCACAGAAGGUCCUGGGUUCAGCAAUGAAAGACACAGGACAGGAAGGACRCAGCCCUGGUUGUUCCCCUGUGGUGCUGCUCUGGGAACGCUCCAUCAUGUUUCACAGCCCUGCCUGGCUGGUGGGCUUAACCCCAGCACACGGACCAUAGCUCUGCAGGUGGCACCGCUGCAGAGGAAACUCCAUCAGGAUCCAAAGCAUGAGACUGAGACAUGCCUGCUGGAGAAAUGCAGCUGACUUCACCACYACUGCUGCCUUGACCCUCCAUUUGCUGUAAGGCUCUAAAUUCAUCGGUGCCACCACUGUGCCCUCCUCAGCCAGCUGCCCACCAUGCCAGAGCUGGCCGAGCUGAGCAGUCCUCGCACACCUGCGGAUGCAGAUCACAUCCAGAGGAAUAUCUUGGAAGAGCACGUGGAGCUCUGGUGGUUCCAGGACCCCAAAAAGUCCAUCCUGUGUUAUGGGAUGGCUGUGGUKCUGAUCCUGGCCUGCGGGAUCGGGGGCAUCAUCCUGCUGUACAGCACCAGCAGCCGCUCYGGAGAGUGGCGGCUCGCUGUGGGCACCACGCUCUGCCUCCUGGCCCUGCUGGUGCUGCUGAAGCAGCUGCUGAGCUCYGCAAUCCAGGACAUGAACUGCAUCCGCAGCCGGGAUCAGAUCGAGCUCCUGAAGAGCGGCGGCUUCUCGGACUGCCUGGUGCUGCUGCUGAGYGCCCUGGUGCUGCUGGUCUGCGGGGUGGUGCUCACCGUGCUCUCCACCACCACCAUGCAGCUCAGCCCCGCACGGCCGCUGGCCAGCAUGUUCACCAGCGGGGUCAUCCUGCUGACCGCUGGCAGCGCCAUCCUCCUGUGCCUGCUGCUAUACCUGCUCUGCACCUCCUGCCGCCGGGCYGCUCCUCGGAGCCUGGAGACCGGCGAGAUCCGCGUCUUCACCAUCUCCGGCCGCCUCGCUGGAAACAGGCGGCUCCCUCCCACCUCCAGCAUGGCCAACCUGAUCUGACCCAGGACACCGCUGCCUGAGCCUCAGUGGAUACAACCUGUCAGGGAUGGUCUUUCCCCAAGGAAGGGAGAGAGCUGYAGUGUGCCUUGUGUUUCUGUUGGAGAUGACUGGCAUUUGGUUUGCCCCAGGCUGGUGGCACAGCAGAGACUCGGGGUGCCUGGGCAGGCUGUGACCUGGUGUAUGGAUGUGACCAGUGCUGUCCUGGAUGGCAUUUUAUGCCCACAAAGUCUCCUGUGGCAGCUGCUGCCUGCCCGGCUGUGACCCAUGUUACAAAGUGAAGGUGAGCCUGUCCUGGACCCCUGGGGACCCCAGUGCUUGGUUCCUGCAGUUCCUGGCAUUGUGUUGCACGCUGUCCUGGCAGGAGAGGCUGUGAUUGUGGCUGGUAUGAAACCAACCUGCACUCUGUACAGAGCCUCCAGCUCCUGAGUGAUGUAGAGCCUCUCGCAGCUGGUGCAUGGCAGAAAAUAAUCUGCAUGUCAGCAGGCAUGAGUGAACCUGGUGGGAGGGAUGGCURCAAGGGCUGCUCCCCAGAAAUCACCUGUGUGUCUGGGAGUGAGUGUGGGAUUUGCACAGUAUUAUGUGUGCCAGAGCCACAGCAUGGCUGGACCUCACAUGAAAUGCUGCUUGUGUUUGCAAUGCCAGGAUUGCCCAUGUUACAUUUCUGUAACACCUGUGGUUUAUCAAAGGGGCCAUCAAGGAGUGUUGGUGUCCAGGCCCUGAUGGGUUAUCUGUCCUGCACUGAGUGCUGGGGCUCUGUUUCAUGCCAGGGUGCCCCAGCCAUGUSAGCCACAAACAGCAAGGUGCAGUCGCUGAGGGAUGGUGAUGGGAUGCCCGAAUCCUGGGGCUGCUCUCUGCAAAAGAGAGCAAAAGGGAGCCCUGUGGCCUCCACAGGAGUUUCCCAGKCAGAGGCAACUCUGCUGCCAGGAGCCCUGCAGCUCAUGCCAGUCCCUGCUUGCUCCCAUGCUGUUUCUGUCUGCAAGUGCUGCAGCUGCUGCAGGRCAGAAAGUUCUGCUGUCAUUUGGCCUUACCUGGAGCUGUUUUGGUGUUUUAUCUCUACAAGGUGUCUUGUUUUAUCACCAAGGUGUCUCUUCCAGAGGCAGACUAACAAUCCACUCUCUGAACUUUUCCUGUCACUUAAGGCUGUGUCAAAAUUCUUACUUCCUUCAUAGACCCACUAACCCUUUCACUGCCCUUUCCAGAGACACAGAUCCCAACCUCCUGCUGAAGAUGCUCCUGCAUGAUCUCCUCUUAACCCAGUUGUUCAGAGCAUGGUGCUAAUAACACAGGAUCAUGGGUUUGAAGUCCAUAUGGGCCAUUCCCUUAAGAGUUGGACUCUGAUCCUUCUGGGUCUCUUCCAGCUCAGAUGAUUCUGUGAUUCUGU